GUGCUAUAAGAAAAGGUCGCCUUAAUAUAUUAAGGAUUGCAAAUAGCUUCUGACUUGAAGGAAGAGGCCUUGUAUGCCUGUAUGUAUGUAUCCCAAGGAUCUGAUGCCGUUGCCAAGGGAAAUAGCAGGAAGGAGGAAGCAAGGGCAGAUUCUGGGGGCCUUGAUUGGUGAGCUUGAGGACGCUCAGGAAGCAGUCAGACGACCUCGGAUUCAGUCUUCCGGGUCACAUACCGCCAGUGACCCUGGGUAAAGGGCAGGAUAUCCAGGCCUGUUUCUCCGCUGGGGGAGCCCCAGGGGCCUUCCAGCUCGCCAAUGAGCUCCCUUCUGGCCACGGGAGAAAGCGAAGAAGUGACCGGGGAUAGGGAACAGUGGGAGAGGUCUCGUUUCAGGGAGCUCAAAAUGUGGAAGGAGAAAGUGCUCCUCCCUUUGGGGGCAGGGCGAGAAGCAAACGUAUCUUCUGAUUGGCGAGUUUGGGCGGGAGCCGGAUGACUCCAAUUGGUCGAGUUCCUGUGAGGGCGGGGCGGGGCCUACUUACACUUUUCUCAGUCCGGAAAAGAGAGCUGUGGGAGGGCUUGGAGAAAGGAACUAUGCGCCUCAGGGCUGGAAUCCUGGCGGGGAGACAGGGCAUGCGCACUGACUGAACUGACCCCCUCCUCUCGGUCUUUGGGAGGGAGGAGUACAACGAGGUGGGGAGUCGGCCUUGGGUAGUUGAGACUGAGCAUGCGUAAAGCCUGAUGAACGAGCGAAACCUGAAACUGACUGAGGGGAUGAGACUGAUCAUGCGCAGAGGUUGGCUAACGGGACUGAAGGAAACCUGAAAUGACUGAGGGGAUGAGACUGAGCAUGCGCGAAGGCCAGUCCUUGACCUUGUGGAUGGGCUUCCGGAAAGAAAAAGACUUACUUUGGGGGAUCCUGGAAAGAAGCUUGGGAUGGAGUGUCAAAAGGACAGCAGAAGAGUCGGAGAAGUGACUGGGAGAAAGCUGGAGGCGGGAGCUGAGCCUUCUAAAGCUCCUGCCUUGGCCCAGGACAGGAGUCUGGAGAAAGGAAGCGCUUUGGAGUUGCUGACAGCCGGAUACCAGCGCCCGCUGACCUUCGGGGACGUGGCCGUGGACUUGUCGCUGGAGGAGUGGAGGCGCCUGAGCCCGGCUCAGCGGGGCCUGUACAGGGAGGUGAUGCUGGAGAACUACGAGCACCUGGUGUGCGUGGGAGCACAGCUUCCAUUUCCCAAACCACACGUGAUCUCCCUGUUGGAAAGAGGAGAAGCACGCUGGACAGUGGAAGCAGGCGUCCCCAGAGGCCCUGCGCCAGAUUCAUUUAAUGGGGAGAACGGGUGUGAGAACAAGGACACAGCUCUUACAGAAGCCACUUGCCUGGGAGCAUCAGCCAAAGAAAGAGGACCUCACAACAGACCCUGCUGUCUUACUAUGGGAGAGUGUGCGACAUGUCAGGUCAAGUUGAAGGCCAAGGAAGGAGAGUCCCACCAAAUAACAGUCACUCAUGAAAGAACAUCAGGCCAGGGAAAUGUCCCAGGAAGUAAUUCUUUGGUGAGACAUCUUACACUGGGGCCAGUCUGUUUUGCUGAAGAAAGAGCUACUGUAGGAAAAAGUCUCCACGAAUUUAAUACACUUGCAAAGAGCCUGAGAGACUUUUCAGACAAAGAUCAGUGUAACAGAGGCUCCUCAGGGAAGAAGCUUCAUAAGUGUAACAUUGGCAGGAAAUUUUUCAUCUACCACUCAGAUGCCAUUAAAUGUCAUAUAGCUGGUGAAAAGCUCUAUGAAUGUAGUGAAUGUGGAAAAGCUUUUGACCAGAGGUCAAAUAUCACUGAAUGUCAGCAAAUUCAUUCUAGAGAGAAACCCUCUGAAUUUAACAAAUGUGGGAAAUAUUUCAGGGAGAGGGAAACCCUCAUUAGACAUCAGGAAAUUCAUCCCAAAGUAAAACUCUUCAACUGUCACGAAUGUGGGAAAGUCUUCAGGGAAAAGCGCUAUCUUAAAAGCCAUCAGAGAACCCAUACUGGAGAGAAACCUUUUGAAUGUAAUGAAUGUGGGAAAGCUUUCAGUGUUAGGCAAAACCUUUCUAGACAUCAGGGAAUCCAUAUUGGCCUGAGACCCUUUCAAUGUAAUGAAUGUGGGAAAGCCUUCAGAGUGAAGGAUCACCUUAAAAUGCAUCAGAGAACUCAUACUGGGGAGAAACCCUUUAAAUGUAAUCAAUGUGAGAAAGCCUUCAGCCACAUAGGAAGCCUUAGUAGGCAUCAGAGAAUUCAUACUGCAGAAAUCCUUUGAAUGUAUUAAAUGAGGAAGAACCUUGAAUGACAGGCUGGAUUGUAAUAGCCAUCUGGGAAUUUCACUGUAGUGUAACUCUUAAAUGUAAUGAAUCAGGGCAGCUAGGUAGAAUAGUGGAUAGAGCUACAGGCCCAAAGUCAAUAGGACCUGAGUUCCAAUCUGGCCUCAGAUACUUCCUGGCUAUGUGUCCUUGGGCAAGUCACUUAACCCCAACUGCCUAGCCCUUGCUAUUCUUCUGUCUUAGAAUGAAUACUAACACAGAAAAAAGGUGGUAAGGAUUUAAAAAGAAGAAAAGAAUGCAAUGAAUCUAGGAAAGCCUUCAGGGUGAAGGAUCACCCUAAAAGCAAUCAGAGAACUAUUCUGGAGAGAAGUGCUUUUAAAUAUAGGGAAAGUAGGAAAUAGUUCAGAAGAGGCAGCUUUUUGGUAGACAUCAGGGAAUUCAUCCUAGAAUAAAACCUUGAAUGUAACAAAUGUGGGAAAAACCUUCAGCCCAUACUUAUCACCUUAGAGUGCACCAGACAUCAUACUGGGGAGAAAUCAUUGAAUAUAAUGGAUGGGGUAAGCUAUUCAGAGAGGCAAACCCUAAUUGUCCAUCAGAGAAUUCAUGCUGGAAUGAGUCUUUUUGAAUGUUAGGAAUAUAGAAAAGCCUUCACACUAAAGGAUCACUUGAAAAGACAUCAGGGUACUCAGAUUGGAGACAAACUUUAAAAUGAAAGAAUGGGAGAACCUUCAGUGACAAGCAGAAUUUUUUCAAAUAAUUCCUAGUGAAAGGAAACUGAAUUGAAUAGAUGUGGGAAGUCUUUCAGAAAGAAAGAAUACCUUGCCAGCCACCAAACAAUUCAUACUGACAUGAAAAGCUCUGGAUGUAAUGAAUGUGGGAUAAUCUUCAGCCCCCAAGAAAGACUUAAUAAACAUUGGAAAACUCAUACUGGAAGUAAGCCUUUUGAAUGCAGUGAAUACCAGUCCUUCACUGAAAAGCAGCUCCUUAUUAAAGAUCAAAAAGCUCAUAAAGUGAGAAAGAUGCUCUCCACAUUCAGAGGAAGAACUGUGGGAACAGAAACACAGAAGAAAAGCAACUUCUUGAUCACAUAGGUUGAUGGGGAUAUAAUGGAGGAUGUAGACUCUAAGCGAUCACCCUAAUGCAAACAUCAAUAAUAUGGAAAUGGGUCUUGAUCAAUGACACAUGUAAAACCCAGUGGAACUGUGUGUCAGCUACAGGAGGGGGUAGGGAAGGGGAGGGAAAGAGUAUGAAUCUUGUAACCAUGGGAAAAUAUUCUAAAUUUAUUAAAUAAAUUUUUCCCAAAAAAAAGGCUCAUAAAGGAGUGAAUCGCUUUGAAUAUGGUGAAUGUGGAAAAGCCUUUGAUGGAGAAGUAUGUCCUCAAGGCAUCAAGGAGUUCAAUGUAGAGUGAAACCCUUUGAAAGCAAGGUUCUGGAAAGCCUUCAAUGUAAAGUAAGUCCUUUUUAGAUACCAGAGAGUUCCUGAAGAGGAACCAUUUGAGUGUACAGCCUUCACUGAAGCAGUUUUUCUGUCUAUUAGAGGACCCAGUCUAAUGUUCAAUACUCUGGAUGUAAUGAAUGUGAAAGCCUGCAGCCAAAGAGGAAGAUUUAUACCUCGGGAAACUUACUGGAGAAAGAGAUGAUCUGUGAAUGCAAUGAACAUGGGAAAGCCCUCAGGAAAAAAGACUGCCAAAAAGCCUUGCUUUGCCUCAUACAAGAGCAAAAUUUUACAAAAAAUCAGCAAAGUCAAUAUAAUGAAAAAUAACUUCACACAUUUAUAAAUAGAUACAGAUUGACAUCAUAUCUACACACAUACAUACAUGACUGUCACACACACAUUGUUCUGUUCUUGUGGAACCUCUUGCCUCUACAAAGGAAUAAUGAAAGUGUCUUUUCACAUGUCUUUGGGGUCAAGCUUAUUCUUUUUAUUUUGGCAACAUUGAUUCUUGAUUGUUUUGUUUUGGUUCUUCCCAUUUGCAUUGUUCUAGGAUGAAUUUAUAACAAAACAGGAUCAGGGCAAUUAGGUUGGCUCCACUGAGGCUCUUUGAGGACACAGGCCAAGCUUUAUGGUCACAAAAGCUAAAGAAUAGCCCAGGAGGGUCUCACUUACAGGCAGAUAUUGGGGGUGUCAGCUUAUCCCGACUCAGGUCAGGGGUUGAACAGCCACAAGAACAAUCUGUGAAAGGGAAUUCUUUAUUCUCUUUGCCUAUAUUGAGUUAAUCAACCAAAAACUCAAAAACACCCCUACUUAGCAGUAAGUAAGGGAGUUCACAGUCACUUUCUUUUAACUCAGUCAGAAACUUGUGAAUCCUUUGCUAAGAGUUGAUACCUUCAGAGGAUGAGAGGUGGAUCCCAAAGACACUGCCCCUGGGCAGUGCUAGACAAUUUGGAAACUGUAAUCAGCCCCUGUGAAAAGGGGGAGGGACAAGAAGUCACCAUAAAAGCAAGCCCCAAACUCCCUCAGAACAGAUUGUCUUUGAGAAGAUAGUCUGAAGAGAUUGUCUUCUGGAGAUAGUAUUCUGACUGGGAGUCUUGGAGAUUGUGGCUUCAACUUGGACUCUGACUCCUGGACUACUUUGUUAGGUGAGUGAAAGGCUGACUCCUUUCCUACUUUCCUAAGAGACUAGCUUGCAUCUUGGAGGAGGCCUUGAGGUUACUCACCACCAGCCUUUCUGGUUGAGAGCUAAUUAAUCUCUGCCUGGAUUAAGCAGACCCAGAGUAAACAUUUAGAUUGAUAGGCUAGAUAACCGCUCUAACCUCUUCACAUUUCUCUACUUUAGUGUUUCCUCUCCAUUUUGUAAAUAUUUGUAAAUAAAUUUCUGACUUGAGAUAUAAUAAAUAUUGGCAACCACAUAAUUUCAUAAAAUUAUUGUCCAACCAUUAAAUUUAACCCUUACAAGUCAGAGCCCUCUCUAUACUGGGGGCAUAGUCUAGGUGUCAGGAAAAACAGAAUGUGGCUUUGCUGCUUAUGCUAGCUACCAGGCAUGGUAAGGGACAACCCUAUCAAUCAUUUUGACCAGGUAAAAUUGUAACGCUUUUUGUAAAAUAUAGAUGCAUUUGGGUGAAGAAAGGAAACCAUUGGGGUCCGGGCAAGCUUUAUAUCACUUCCAGAUAAGGAUUUGCUUUUCAGGAUACGGAGGGCCAAAAAUCUAUUCCUCAGUAAGUCAUUAAAAGAUACACAAACACUUCUCAAAGGAUGAGUUGUAUCACCUUAACAACUGGGGAAAGUGCCCCUAAUCACUAAGAUGAGAAAUAUGAAUCAAAGCAAGCUUGACGUUUCAUCACAGCCCUACAAACUGGCCAAGAUGACCAAAACAGGGGAUGGCCUUGUGGACGAGAGGCUGCAGAAGGAGACUACAAUAAUGGAUUGGGAUAUGAAAAAGCCACUGAGAGGUUUCAAAGUUCUGCUUGCAGAUUCUUUUUCAUGUUGGCAAAUGAAGAGGCAGAGGGAGCAGUAUCUAUUUUCAGUAAACCAUGCCUUUUAUCCUUUGUCACAAAUAAAAUAAUUUGAUGGUA